ACUGUUUAGAAACGAAUACGAGUGGUGUAGCUGCCAGCAGAGCAACUUAAACAUUUUCUAUUUAAUCCAAUUCAAUUGAAAUCAAACUAAAUUUCAAUGCUAUUUCAUAUGCCACCAAUCAAUUGUUUAUUAUCUAGUGCGUGAUCAAUUGAAUUUAAUUAAUGAAUUUGUUUGAAUCGAGAAAGAUAGUGAGAAGCAUGCGAUUCAUUUAAAUAGUGUUCACAGACAGUUGUUGCCAUUCCCGAUAAACGACUUGUACAGAUAUAUUUGCUUAUGAGCUUGCUUUCAGCAGCAGCAAACCAAUGGCAUAUCGAUCACGACUACAGAUUUUCAAAGCUUGCUGUAGUUGUUGAGAUAAAAGUGAUAAAUAGUGAAUUGGGAUGAAUCAAGGGAUUGAAAUUGUAACAAGUGAAAGUGAACAAAUUUUGUCGAAUGUAAAAAAGCAGGUGUUUGCAACGGUGAUAGCGAAUAUCGUCAUAUUCAGUCACGGGUGUUGCGUUGGGUGGGUUUCACCAGCAUUGCCCGUACUGCUUUCCGAUGACACUCCGAUCACCACUGGGCCCAUAUCUAACGAGCAACUGUCCUGGGUCGGUUCAAUGAGCAAUUUUGGAUCAAUAUGCGGCACAUUCAUAUUUGGUACGCUGACUGCAUUUCUGGGCUCAAAACGGAGCAUGAUAUUCCUGGCUUUUCCGCAAAUUAUCUUCUGGUUGCUUAUUCUCUUCGGAGAUACAUACUACCAUAUAAUAAUUGGGAGACUCGCGGCUGGAAUCAGUGGCGGUGGCAUUCAAACUGGUGUGGUCCUUUUUGUCGCCGAAAUAUCGAACAACAAUAUUCGUGGUCGUCUUGGCUCAUUUACGCCUCUGAUAAGAAACAUUGGACUCUUGAUUGGUUUCUUCGUUGGCGGUGUGGUUCGAUACGAAUACAGGCCAUAUGUUUUCAUUUCAUUACCAAUAAUAUACUUGAUUUGGCUCUUUUAUUUGCCCAACACACCGCAGUAUUAUCUUAAAAAUGCAGAUUUUGACAGAGCAGAAAAGGCGUUGAUGUUCUAUAAAAAUUGUGAUGGAAAUAAUGAUCGAGAGAAAACACAUCUGAAUGCUGAAAUGGAGCGAUUGAAAUUAAUUGAUGACGAGCAAAAGAAUAGCCCAAAAAUUCAAAUGAACGAUUUCUGUAAUCGAAUGGCAUUGAAAGGAGUUAUUGUUAGUGUUGCCGUGUCGUGGCUGUGCCAAAUGACGGGCGGCUCAACGUUCACCAACUAUGCAUCGUUUAUGUUUGAAAAAUCUGGUACAUCACUUGGCAUACAUAUUUCAUCGAUCAUUUUAGCCGUCGCGCAGAUUGUAGGUGGUCUGAUUUCCACGCAACUGGGCGAUACAUUUGGUCGGAAGACCACUUUAAAUAUUUCGCUGCUUGGUUCAGCCGGUGGACUGUUCACUUUCGCAACUUUUAUGUACCUGCAUCACAUUGGGUACGAUUUAUCAAAUUUUCUAUGGAUCCCGGUCACUUCGUUAUCGCUCAUUAUUUUCAUUUCCUACGCUGGAAUUCAAGCAUUAAUAAAUACUUGUGUCGUUGAAUGUUUUUCGCCAAAGAUUCGAACUAUCGGCAUGAUUUUUUACUCGUUUUGCCUAAACGGCAUCGCUUUUGGUGUAGAUAAAACAUUCCCGAUUCUAUUGGAAAUCAUUGGAAUGCAUAGUGUAAUGUUAAUAAUGGCAAUCAAUUGUUGCCUUGGAAUUGUUUUCAUUGCUUUCAUGAAGGAGACCAAAGGUCAAUCGAUCGAUACAAUGGACACGACAUCUGAGACGAAAUCACCAGCAAAUAAUGAACAAAAUAAAGCUUAAUCGUCUUGUACAUAUUUGAAUUUAGAUUACAUUUCGAAAUAAAUGUGAAGCAGAUAAUUUGUUCUGUUAACCAAA